AUGUUGAUUGUUAAGAAGCCAAGGCUUGAAGACCCCCGCUUCAUCUUCCAGGAGAAGCAAACUAUUGGCGUGGCGGACGGAGUCGAUGCCCGUGCCGGUGACUACGCAAGGGAACAGAUGAUGCUGACGGAAGCUACUUUGAGUUUAUUAAUGUUGAAGUACGUAAACUACUAUGGUAUCAGCGACAACAAUAAUUGCUAUGGUCAAGAAAUGAAGACAAACCUGCAGGAUAUGGUUUGUGGGUCGGUUUAUCUACCCAAAGAUAACAAGUUAGGCGAAGACGCUCACUUCAUCUGCCCGGAUAAGCAGACUAUCGGCGUGGCGGACGGCGUCGGCGGUUGGGCCAAGAAAGGCAUCGACGCGGGUCGGUACGCAAGGGAACUCAUGAACAAUUCCUUUAUCGCCGUCCAUAAUCCGAAUAACAUCAACGUACAGAAAAGAAAAAGAAAGGUCGCGGAUAUGAUCGGAGCCGUUGAUCCAAGAAAAGUGUUGCAGGAAACUUAUUCUAAGACCAAGGAGAAAGGCUCGUCGACCGCUUGCAUCCUCAGCCUUAACAAAGAGAGCGGAGUCUUGCAUGCUGUGAACGUUGGAGACAGUGGGUUCUUGCUAUUUAGGAACAACAAGGUUGUGUACCAAUCUCCAACUCAACAACGCAGGUUCAACUGUCCAUAUCAGUUGGGGAAUGGCAUCAGCAGUGACCGCCCUGAUUCCGCUUGGGAGGAGUGCAUUCAGACAAUCCCCGGAGACAUCGUAGUGCUUGGGACUGAUGGCUUGCUGGACAACAUGUUUCCAAGUGAGAUUGAGAAGGUUCUCGUACAAGGUGGUUGUGGUGGUCGUGGUGGUGAUCAUGAUCUUGAUCUUGCUUGUGGCGCGUUGGCUUCGAGCAUCGCCAAUCUAGCUCUCUAUAACUCGUUUGAUAAGCAAAACCCUAGCCCUUUUCAGAAAACGCUAGAAAGGCUGGGUUCGAGCACAAAAGAGGCAAGAUCGACGACAUUACUGUUAUUGUUGCUCAAGUUGUGGCUUUGUAGUAGACUCGCUAGCAUUAGCUAA